AUGACCUCCAUCGAGGCGCCCACCAAGGCUUGCCACAACUGCCGCCGUCAGCGCCUCCGCUGCGACCGCUCUUAUCCGCACUGCAACAAAUGCAUUGCCGCCGGGAAGGAAUGUCUUGGCUAUGGAAAGCUUUUCCGCUGGACCGGCGCCGUGGCCAGCCGCGGCAAGCUGGCCGGCCGUACAUCUAGUGCCCCUAUUGAUGCCCCCGUUGACGAUUCAUCGCGGCCCCAUGCGCGCUCAGAGCUGAACGCCUCAUCGUCGACACCUUCAAAGUCACCAUCGCCGCUUCAUGGGGCUCGUCGAGAGUUUCCAAUCUCUCCGCGGUCGCGGGCCGAAACACCGCUGGCCGACCAACUCGGCGCCGCCGCCGCAAGCACCACGGACUUGGCGCCGGAGGAUGCGCAGCUCAUUCCCCGCCCUCCGUCGACCGAUAUCUCGGUUGUAGGCAGUCCCUGGGUACUUGUAGACCCGCUGUUCCAAGACCUGGAACCUUCAAACAGAUACUACCUAUCGUAUUUCACGCAAAGGCUUUGCAAGGACCUGGUCUCUCAGGAUCAUCCGGAACGCAACCCUUUCCGCACCUUGCUACCGCUCACGCGGGCGCAUCCUUUGCUUCAACAUAUCAUUGUUGCUGCCUCGGCAGCCCACAUGUCUAACCUGGUCAGGGCUUCACACGCCUACUCUAAUGAUGCGAACCAGCUGCUUAUCGCCUCAGAGGUAGAGGAGGCGUCCGGACGGGCUUAUCGCGAUGCGCUCGUCGCCAAACACAAGGCGCUUAGCCUUAUGCGCGAUGCCGUGCGCGAUGUUGAUUCCACUGGCGGCGACGUCAUCCUCGCCGCGGCGCUCUUCUUCAUCAACGUCGAGCUGAUUGAGUCUGGAAAGCAUGGAUGGAAGGCGCACUUGGAAGGCGCCGGCAGGAUCAUGUCGCUGCUCCAGCCUGCUCUCCCUGGUAAUGAAGCCCUGAGAGAUUACAUGCUUUCAGAUUGCUUUGUCUAUUUUAUCCUCGGUUCUGCUUUCAUGCCCGCAGCGGCUUUCGACACUGGAUCCUUCUUCCAACCGUCCCAGAUUCCCUCAAUUUUGGGUAGGGCUGCUGCCAACAGCUACCUGUGCUGCCCGCCGGAGAUUCUCGCUAUUCUCCAUGCCGCGUCUCAGCUGUCUAAUGCGAGCACUGAUGCGCACUCUGAGGAUGAAGUUCGUGCCGCCGGCUUGGCGCUGAUACAACGAGCGCAAGCCUUUGACAUUGAUGUCUGGGCAAAUGAUGUUCGCAAUAUCUCUUACCUACAGGACGCACCUAUCCAGAGCCGCAUUCAUGCUGGUUCAGCCCAUCGUCUGGCUGCUUGCCUCUAUAUUCUCCAGGCUAUCCCGUCAUUGAGCGAGAUGAAAGGCCACGACGAGGUUGCAGAAUCUCUCAGUCGCGACAUAUUCAAGCAUCUGUCAAGUAUUCCGGAAGAUGACCCCAACUUCAAGGCGACGACUUGGCCCACGUUCAUUGUUGGGGCCGAGGCAACCGGACGCGUCAGACGCGAGUGGGUGAUGAAUCGGCUCCGACGUCUGGUCGUCUCUUGUCCCUGGGGUUUCUUGUAUACUGCCAUGGAUACUCUCCAAGUGAUUUGGAGCCUGGAUGGCCAAAACAAGGGCACACGAAGUUGGGUUCAGACACUCAAGGAUCCGAAGCUGAACUUCUUGAUUGUCUGA